UGCCAGUGGGACAGCCAUGGAGGACACCCUCACCUGCAGCCAUGCCACUUUCUCCCAGGUGUUUGGACGCCAGGGACAACUCAUGCAAGCCACCGUCCAGUCUCUGAACAGCCUGAAUGACCAGAUUGCUCAGUUCAUGGUCACUCGACCUUGUAGCCUGACUGAUGAGGAUGAGGCCUUCAUGCCGGGAGAGAGGGAUACCUUGAGGAAGUCUAUGACUCUGAUGAGACACUUGCUCAUGGAUGCUCAGGGGAAAAUCCUUAAAAUGAUGGAAGACAACAAACAGCUGGCACAGAGGAUUGAUGGGGCCAUCCAGUCUGCCAGCCAGGAAGUGACCAACCUGCGCUCCGAGCUCUCUGCCACCAGCCGUAGACUGGCAGAGCUGGGUGCCAGCAGCCCCCCUGGCUUGGAGAACCACCACCAGCACAACCACCACGAUGACAGCCUUCACUACCGGGAUCCAUCCAUGCGUCACAGGCAGAAGACAGUGGUGACAGACAUGUGCUACCCAACAGAAAUAUCCAGCCUGAUGGACUUUGGCACACCAGACUGCUCGCUAGGCAAAGUGUUGCUGCGUGAAGAGGUGGUCCAGCUCCAAGAGGAGGUCCACCUGCUGAGGCAAAUGAAGGACAUGUUGACUAAAGACCUGGAGGAGACCCAGGGCGGCUGCUCUGCCAAUCUGCUUUCUGCCACAGAGCUCCGUGUGCAGCUGGGUGACAAGGAGCAGGAGCUGGACCGUGCCAAGGAGGCCUUACAAGCUAUGAAAGCUGACCGUAAGCGGCUGAAGGUGGAGAAAGCAGACUUGGCGAAUCAGAUGCAGCAGCUGUACACAACACUGGAGAGCAGAGAGGAGCAGCUGCGAGAGUUCAUACGCAACUACGACCAGCAUCGAAAGGAGAGUGAGGAUGCAGUGAAAGCCCUGGCAAAGGAGAAGGACGUGCUGGAGAGGGAGAAGUGGGACCUGAGGAGGCAGACCAAAGAAUCCACAGAGCAGGCCAACGUCCUGCGUUCUCAGCUGGAUAUGAAGGAGAACAGGAUUAAAGAACUGGAGGCCGAGCUCACAAUGGCAAAGCAGUCUCUGGCCACACUGACUAAAGACGUACCAAAACGCCACUCAGUGGCUAUGCCAACAGAACCGGUGGUGAACGGCAGUCAGGAGUGGGUGAUGCACGCCGACCUUCCGCUCACGGCCGCCAUCCGCCAGAGCCAACAGACCCUCUACCACGGGCACACCACAGACAGACAGGCUGUGGUCAGGAUCAGCCCCUGCCAUUCACGUCAGCCUUCUGUGAUCUCUGAAGCCUCUGCGGCUGAUGGAGACCGCUCGUCAACGCCAAGUGACAUCAACUCACCUCGUCACCGGACCCACUCCCUCUGCAAUUCUAUGGAGGACCUUGAGGACCAGAAGCGGAAGAAGAAGAAGGAAAAGAUGACACUGGGAUCCCUAUCAAGGGUGUUCGCUCGGGGCAAGCAGCGCAAGUCACUGGAUCCUGGCUUGUUUGAUGACUCUGAUAGCCUCACACAGCAAAGCCUGUCUGAUGGAGAGGAGCAGCUGGACCGCCUCCAGCAGGCGGAGCUGACUCGAAACACAUGCAUGUCACUGUGGAGGGCAGGUGCAGUCCAGGCCUGGCUGGAGGUUGUCAUGGGAAUGCCCAUGUACAUCCGAGCCUGCUCCGAAAACGUCAAAAGUGGGAAGGUGCUUCUAGGCCUGACGGAUGAUGAUUUAGAGCUGGGCCUGGGUAUCAGUAAUCCAAUUCAUCGCAGGAAAAUAAGAUUGGCUAUUGAGGAUUACAGGAGAGCUGAAGGGGACCAAGGAUUAUCAAAAGCAUCUGAGAUGGACCAUCACUGGGUUGCAACAUCAUGGCUGAGUGAUGUCGGACUGACUCAGUACUCCCAGACCUUUCAGUCUCACUUGGUGGAUGGACGAGUGCUUAACUCUUUGAACCGCAGAGACCUGGAGAGAUUUCUCAACAUCAGUGACCAGUUCCAUCAGACCAGUCUACUUCUGGGAAUCCAGCUGCUGCAGAUGCUCAGCUUUGAUAAAGAGGCCCUGCAGGCACGGCGGACAAAAUGCGAGCACCAAAACUGGGAUCCCAUUGUUUGGACAUGUCACCGAGUGAUGAAGUGGAUCAGAGACAUCGACCUCAAGGAGUUUGCAGACAAUCUUCAGGGUAAAGGGAUUCAUGGUGCAGUGAUGGCUUUGGAUCAGUCUUUCGACACAGAUGCCAUGGCCAAAGCCCUGGGCAUCCCCAGCAACAAACACAUGCUUCAUCGGCACCUGUAUGAAGAGAUGAAGUCACUCGCUGUCCCUCUCAGUAAUACCGAGCAGGACACUGAGGUGAUUGGUUGUUCCUCUCCUGUCGCUGUUAACCGUUUUGCUGAUGAGAGGAUGUCUAUAAGAAGAUCCGGAAAGAGUCCGCUGAGGUUACGAGCAAACAGCCACUCUGUGGAGCGAAGUCUGGGCUUCCACGGCAGCUGCAGCUCUCUGCCCAGAGAGGCCAGAGUUCAGGCGGUUCCCCGAGCCAAAGGCAGCCCGAUGCACACCUACAAGAGUGUCGAAAUCACCAACGUCUGAACCAGCCUCAGCCAUCGAGAUCUUAACCAUUGUUUACAUUUUUGUUGUGUUGCAGUUGUUUACAGCUGAGAGACACUCACACUGAGCCACACUAGAAUUAUAGGAAGAGAGUGUCUUAAAGGGGUAUGCCACUCGAUUUAGCAAUCUGACAUCUUUAGAGAAGCAUUUAGUGAAGACAAACAAACUUUAUCAUUGUGACCUGAUGGACUUGAGAGGAAGAUAACUUAAUUGCUAGUUUCAUUUUUUAUUUUAAUUUAUUUUUAAACUACGUAUUCCAAGACUUUUAUAUAUUAUUGGAAAAAUCAUAUUUGUAUGAUAGAUGAGAAGGCUUAAAACAGGCUUCACACAGUUAUAUAAUUGAAAUUACUGCUCUUUUAAUGCCUUAUAUUACACAGGUCCAUAUGAUCUUCACAGCACUGUUACUAUUUAUUACUGCUACUUUUUAACAUGUUUGUUUUUUUAAGCUGCAAGUGAAAAACUCUGUUAAUGACAAAAGAAAAGUUGUUAUAACUUACUCUCAGUGUAAAGAUACAGCCCAUAUCAGCUGUUAUUCAGAACAGAUGAGGGCCCUGUUCUUCAUACAUGGCUAACCCAGUUAACCACACAUGAACACUGGAUUUGUUGACUGGAUGUUUCUAAAAUCACAGAAAAAUGUACAGAGCAGAGACAUCUGGAGUGCGAUUAAGGUGAUGUGGGGUUUUUUUGCAACUUACAAAGUACAUUUAAAUUACCAAUCAUAAGUCAAAGAACUGCAAAUUAGUAUUCAGUUUUAGGGGCAUUCACAGGUGUACUACAAGAGCUUUGAGAUGGUUGAAGACAGCUAUUUUGUUAGGUACACGUUGUUAGGUUCAGCUGCUUAGUAACACAAAUAUUUAAUCAGCCAAUGACAAUCCCAGUGACUCAGUUCAUUUACAUAGACCAUAGACAUGGUCAAGAGGGCCUGCCAAAGCAUCAGAAUGGGGAAGAAAUGUGAUUUCAUUGACUCUGAAUGUGGCAUGAUUGUUGGUGCCGGGCUGGUUCAAAUAUUUCAGAAAUUUUCUUUUUUCCUGGGAUUUUCCCAGUCAUCCCUAUCUCCACAGUUUACAGAAAAUGGGCCAAAAAAAGAGAAAAUAUCCAAUUCGUGGCAGUUUUCUAAGAUGAGAAGCCUUGCUCAUGUCCAAGUAGAAUCAAAAAAGUUGCUUUGACCCAAUUUACAACCAAGGCAUCCAGGACAGCAGCCAUGCUGAAGACUGUUUCCAUACUGGGAUUUAAACCUGUGUCAACUUUGUGAAAAAACAGAAAUCCUACAACUGCUAGACCAUACGGGACUUAAAUGAAGAAGAGACAGAUUAUUUUCAUGUGAGAACCCAGAUAGCAUUUUGUUUGAUAUUGUGUGUAAUAAUAAUAGUUUUUGGACAAGAAGCUAAUGAGAUGAUUCUCAAUUCUGCUCUGACAUUCAGAUGGUAGGGUCAGAAUUUAUUAUAAAUAAUAUGAAAGCAUGGAUCUGUCCUGCCUUGUAUCAGUAAUAUCAGUGACGGUGGCGUAAUGGUGCAGGUGCAUAUUUUCUUGCCACACUUUCAGCCUCAGUACCAGCUGAGCAUCUUCUAAACCCCACAGCCUUCCUGAGUAUUGCUGCUGACCAUGUCCAUCCCCUCAUUCAUGUUUAAUAUUUUGUGUUUUGUCUCUGUGAAACUGUUAAACUCCUGAAGAAUGGCAGUAAAAUACAAAACCCAAAGGUUUUUCUCAUCUCUCUAUUUUGAUCUACCUCGUCACCUUCUCCCGAAUCACCCUGCCAUUGACUCAGAAAUUGAUCACAAGCCAAUUUCAACAAAGUCUUACCUCCUUAAAUGCAUCUGGAGGAGAGAGGAGGCCCAGGCCUGUCCUUUGCAGAAGCCUUUACAAUACUUGUGCCAUAUUAAAAAAAAAAAAAAGAAAGCAUGAUGCUUAACUUGUCAUGCAAUGCCACUUUGGUCAUUACCACUGUUACUAUCAUCUGCCAGAGAUCAUAACAUAAAGUGGCAGGCUGUAAAAAAAGAAAAAGAAAACAAUGAACUGACAAUGAAGCUGUGCCACGCAUCGUAUUUAAUUGGGAUCACUGGGAAAUGACAGGUCAGAAGCAAGGAUGUUUCCAGUUUUUGUUAAAAGCCUAUAGUCUCAGCUCCUCUCCCUCUGUUAGUGCAAUCACAUGCUCAGCAUUCAGCCAGUAUUAUGCCUCUCCAUAACUUUUCCCAUGAACUUUUAUUUGGGAUUAACAAACCAAUCCUAAAGGAGGCUGAGAGAAUCAGAUUAGAUUGACGAGACUAAACCAGCUUCUUGUAACCUGAAAAAAGUAUUUUAGCCUAAAUUCCUUCAGAUUGCAGAACAGGGCCCUCAAGUGCCAUCAGCUCUAAAUGUGUAAGAUGAUGCUACUAAAAACAAUGACAUGUGAAGUGUGUGUCUUCUUCUGACAGCUGGUAUACCCAUAAUUAUGUUUGUUUUAAUGUAAAAGAUGAUGCAGUCAUGCAGUGUGAUAUGUAGGUAAAUCUGUGGAAUGUUGGAUUAAGAAUGUGGUAAUGUACAAAGACUCCACAUAUGUGUAUUGUAUGAACUGUGAAGAAGGCAAAACUUUGUGCCAUUAUACGAUGAAGUCAAUGGAAAGAAUGUAACGGUGUAUUCUGUACAGUUUUGGUCGUGUUUUAUAAUGCACAGCUGUUCCUGAGCAUGAGAACACUCAUUAAAUGCCACCGCUGGGACUUGCACAGAGCCACACCGAGUGUGACUGAAACCUUGAGGUUACUUCAAAUAGCAGAGAACAGGUUUGUCCGUCUCUAUCUGGGCGUCUCUUUGACUCACCAAAGGGAAACUGUUUAAGCGGGAAGAUCAGACCAGUUCAAACCUGUACAGAAAAAGAAGACAGGGACAUGCAAUGUAUUUGCUUUUAACACAUGACAUAUACAUCUCUUUGCAAAGCAGUACAAGCUUUUCAUACACGUCAACAUGAAAGUGGAUUUAUUGUAAAUUGUUGCAUAAAAUGUAAGACUGUUAUUGUUAUUUUUGAGGAGAAAUGCAUUAAAUUUGUGUUAACAAACUCA